AUGGGCUGCAAUUUGCAUCGGUUUUGCAUCUGCCAUCCUUCGAAAAUGCCUUCAGGUCCUAAGAAAAGAAGAGCUGCUAAGAAAAAGUUGGAGUCUGGCGUCAGUUUUGACCCAACCGAGGAAACAAAACUUGGCGAUGCGACUGGAACAACUUCAAUUCAACCUAUUGCCGGCAAUGAUGAACCGGCUACACAAAAGAAUGAUCAAGUUGGUGUGAAAGAAAGUGCGGAGAAUGAAUAUGUUGCAGAAUUGAAGGGAGAAAAACAGGCAAUUCAGGGUGGUUCACUGGAGGACUUGAAAGAGAAUAAUGUUAUUGCCUCAGUUAAUGAAAAUUACAAUGACAGAGUUCAUCUGGUUUCCCCGAUUCAGGGCAAGGAUGAUGUUGUGGAUGAUGAUUCCAGUAAGAAUGUCCAUAAUUUGAGUAUGCGUGCUGCAAAUGCGAUUCUAGAUUCCACAACAGAGGAUGCGGUUGAUGACAGUAACAAUGUCAUAAAUCAGGAGUCUUCCAAGAUUAAUGAGCAGAAUCAUUCAGUUGAUUUUCCAGUCAAUGAUGUUUCAGGUACUUCUGGUUUGACCGCAUCAGUUGGUCCGUUGGAGAAAAAUGAACAAACUCUCCAUUCAUUACUGAUCUCCGCAAAUCCUGAUCAAGACAAAGUCGUGAUUCCAGAUUCUUUGGAAUCUCCACAGGCGGAUUUGGUGACUGUUACAGAAGAUAUCAUUGAGGAUAAGUUUGCUGUUGAAACGAAGGAGAUUCGGAAAUCGGUCGCAGAGGACAAUUCCAUUGUGAUUGAUCAUAAGGUAUCAUUCUAUGAUUUGAUUGGAUUGAUUUGUGAAAGAGUUGGAUGGAAUAGAGGGAAUGUGAAUUCAAGUCUCUCAAUUUUGUAUGAUACGAUGGACAAUGGUUUUAGGCGUAUCGCCAAAAUCAAGGACGACGCAUCGUUGCAAGUCUUGUAUUUCCUUCCAAAUUCAACAUAUAUUGAUUUGUAUGUGAAUUUGGAGAUGGCGGGUACUUCUAAGUCUCAUUUGGAAGCAGAGACAAAUAGUAGUAGGCCGAAUAUGAAGAAUGUCGAUUAUAUGGAAGAUGAUGAUAUCGGCACAUAUAUCAUUCAAAGGGUAAAUGGGGAUCAUACAAAAGUGGACAAGGAUGAAUUUCAGCUUAUUAUGUGGGAUGAGACAACUGCAACAAUCGGGAAAGGGACGUGUUUUAAGAACAAGAUCGAUGCAAAAAAUGGUAUAGGAGCGUGGAACAUAGAGCAAAAAAGGGAGUAUUAUGUGAAGGAAAGUGACGGCAAUACAUGGUAUAUUUGGUGCAAAUUCCUAAAAGAUUCAACCCUUAAGGGUUAUGUUCCUUGUCGUUGGAAGGUACGUGCCUCCUUGAAAGACCACGGUUUGUGGGAGAUUGUCAAUGGGUGUCCGAACACAAUUGUAGCGGAAAACAAUAAUCGAAAUGUGAGCACAACACUUAUUGCUCAUCUCAUAAGGAAUAAGGUUGAGUUGGACUCGGAUUAUGAAGUGAAGCUCGUUCAGGAAGAAGUGAAAAAGAACGUAUACAUGUCGAUGUUCCUUACCACAGGGCAUGAGAGGGAAGGAGAAAAGCUAUCAAUCUUGUUUACGGCGAUUGGAUUUUCAAUUUUGACAUAUUUCCAAGACAAACACUAUCGUUGGGGUAACCAGAAAACUAACAUUUCAAAGAGUUACAACAACGUCCUCAAGGGCAUUCAUUUCUUGCCAAUCCGAGAUUUGGUGGAAGCCACGUUUUUUAAGACUGUGGAUUUGUUCCAGGAAGAAUACGUAGCAUCGAGGAAAUGCAUUACACCCCUCCCAACCGACUUGUGGGAAGACUUCUUGAAAAAAAAGAACAAAGCCGUGCAACACAAAGUCAAGGGUUACGCUGUGGUUAAUGGGAAGUUCAAGGUGAAAAGUAAAAGCCGACUUAGUAAUAAAGGUGGCAAUGAGUACACUGUGAAAUAUGAAGAGAAGAAGUGUUCGUGCAAGAAGUGGCAGGAGUAUAGGAUGUCUUGUUCACUUGCACUAGCCGCGUGUCGGAAGAUAAAAGAUCAACCAAUCAAUACGGUGGAUCCACAUUUCAGGGUUUUUGCUUGGCAAGACCAAUUCAGUGGGCACGAUGACUUUAGUCCGGUCCCUGAUAAGAGAAAAUGGCCUAAGGGGAUGACACCUGAGAAGACUAGGGCACAAUGGAUGGCGAUGUGCUUUAGAUUGUUGGGAUUUACACCCGCUCAUGACAUGUUUGAUGGGAAUAAGAUUUAUGUGGAGUGUUUAAUUGCCGAGUGUGAUCUUUCGAUCCCAGACGAUGCUCCGGUAGAGGCCUAUACAAAGAGGGCUCGUGCCUUAAUGUUACUACUACUUGGCUCUUUCUUGAUUCCUAACAAUACUGGAAACAGAAUAUCGCUAUGGAUCUUGUGUCUUCUAGAGGAUUUGGAUGUCUGUGCUACCUAUAGUUGGAGGCCAGCAGUGUUGGCGAGAUUGUACUUUGGUUUGUGUCAGGCUUCCGUGUCCGAGAAGAAUGACAUUACCGGAUGCUAUAUAAUGAUGCAAAUAUGGGCUUGGGAGCAUAUCCCAAGAAUUCAACCGAAAAGGAAAGUUAAAGACAAGAGUUACUUGACGCCGGACGCUCCACUGGCCAAUAGGUGGAAAUGCCUAAAAUCCAAAUUGAAGAUCUUUUGUUGGGCCGUCGGAGAACCAUACGAGCUCAAUCGGGUCCUUCGUCAGUUUCGGUGUAAGCAAGUUAGGCCAGAGGCACCGUUAAUCUGUGACAGUGAUCGCUGGAAAGCAAUACACCACGAGGGCCUAGCGACUGGAAAGGCAUAUGAUGAUUGGGUGCUAAAGCAUAGCGAGUUUCAAAGGAGGAUUGUCAGAUUCAUCACUGAUCCCAUCCAAUACGACACUUUGGCACAGGGUUAUCACUCAUCUUCAUCCCGAGAGAGAUUUUAUAGAGAUAGGGAGGUUCUUAUGAAAAGACCACCGGAGUCAAUUCAUCUCAAUCCGUCUCCGAUGCAAGAAGAUGAUGGAGGCCAUCAAAGCGAUGAAGAUUAUUACAUUGGGGGUGAGGAAGAAGAAGGAAAAGAAGAAGAAGAGUCCCCUCUACCUCGAGUUUCUUUCCAAAAGAAACAGAAAACGACCGAAGUUCGUAAGAGUGAUAGGGAGGUUUGCAAGCAGAUUCACGUAACGCAAUCAUCAGGUUUCCCUAUGGCUAUUCCCACCUCGUGCUCAUCAAUUUCUAAGCUCCUAGGCCACAGUACAUCCCCCAGAACACCGAAACUUCUAAAUCUCCUCCAUACCCCAUUGCCUCCUCAACCGUCGCAGUUGAAAAUUAACAAUUUUACCCUCAAACCACCCUCGCUUUCACAUCUAUUUUCCAUCAAACCAUCAAAACUCUUUAAAACCCCAUCCAAUUUAAAGCCAACCAGAUCACUUUUCACUGGUAUUGUUGAAGAAAUGGGUGAAAUCAAACACUUGGGCUAUGAAAAAGAUGAUAGCUUUACCAUGAAAAUACAUGCGAAAACAGUUCUUGAAGAUGUUCACUUAGGUGACAGCAUUUCCGUUAAUGGUACUUGUUUAACAGUGACAGAUUUUGAUGUCCAAUUGUCUGAGUUCACCAUCGGACUAGCCCCUGAAACUUUGAGAAAGACCUCUCUGGGAGAAUUGGAAAAGGGGUCUUUGGUGAAUUUGGAAAGGGCUUUAAGUCCCAGCACUAGGAUGGGAGGUCACUUUGUGCAAGGCCAUGUCGAUGGGACGGGGACAAUUGUUAGCCUUGAACCAGAGGGGGACUCAUUGUGGGUGAAGGUAAAGACUGGAAAGGAGUUGUUAAAGUACAUUGUACCUAAAGGGUUCAUAGCUGUUGAUGGGACUAGCUUGACUGUGGUUGAUGUUUUUGAUGAUGAGGAGUGCUUUAACUUUAUGUUGGUGGAUUAUACCCAGCAAAAAGUGGUGAUUCCUCGGAAGAAAAUUGGGCAGAAAGUGAAUUUGGAGGUGGAUAUACUGGGGAAGUAUGUGGAAAGGCUACUCAGCAGCGGCUUUCUUGAUUCUCUUAAACCAUCUUGA